AUGGCAACGGCGGCGGCGGAGGAGGAGGAGGAGGAGGAGGAGGAAGAGGAGGAUAUGGGCCAGAAUACGGAAACCAGCAUCAAGAUGCCGGCUAUGGCCAAGGUCGGCCCGGCCCGGCGAGAGGCGGGCGACCUCCGCAUGAUGCCGGCCGAGGAGGCCCUCAUGGGAUGCGACCAGAGGGGCAGCGAGGGGCCAAUUACCCUCCGAGAGGCGGCAUGGGUCCUGGGAAUAGGGGCAGGCCGAACAUGGCUCGAGGAGGUGGACCGCCGGGUCCAUCUGCAGGUCCAGCUCGCAGAUCAGAUGUCGCAGAUGGACUUGAACGGACAAGGUCCUAGAAGUCCGCCUGGUGGUCGACCACCACCGACUAGAAACGGUUCUCAGAACUACGGAGACUCAAGACAAGGACAGCCCAGACAAGGACCUGGCGGCUACGGUGACUACGGAGACGGCGGAUACGGAGGGCCACCGCAACACCAGUAUAACAAUGGUGGUUAUGGCCCUGGCCCCGGUAUGAACGGUGACGAUGGAUAUGGGGGUGCGUACAACAAUAACGCGAUCGACGACGUUUACGACUCUUACUAUGACGAGCCGAGAGGAAGCAUAUCGAGCCACAACUCACAAACACAAGCACACGCACACGCACGCCAGGAAAGCCGUUCAAGCAUGCCGGACUUUGACGCCAUCCCCGUGCAUACCAAACGAGACUCGUUUGAGCAAUCGAUGCGGCCGGCCGAGCAGCCGCAGCAAGGAAACCACCAGCCCAAGCUGAAUCACGCUCGAUCCAUGUCGCACGCGUACCAGCAUGGGUACGACCAAGGGUACGACCAAGGAUAUGAUCAGGGACACGACCAAGGAUACAACGGGCCCGGAGGAUACUCGCAGCCGCCGAUCCCACGGGGCCCGAGUGCACCUCCGGGACCGGCCGGACAGCAUCCCGGGUUCGGGAAUGGCCGUCCGCCCAUUGUGCGGCCAGGUACCGCCGCGCCCCUGAAUCCAGACGGUCUACCUGCGCAUCCCACGCCGGUGCGGCCGGGCUUGAUGGAGGGCUCAACGGUGAAUCCGAAUGCUAAGCCGCCUCCGGUUCGAAAUUAUGGAGGCGGUCCUCAGCAGUAUCAGCAGCAGCAACAGCAGGCGCCGAUGCAACAACCGCAACAAGAGAUGCGAUAUUCACAGCAAUCACAGCAGCAGCCACAACAGCAGCAGCAGCAACCAUACCCCCAGCAACCACCGCCACCCGUGCGAGAGAAGGAGAGAGAGCCCCCGGUCACCCCCGGCGAGCUGGAGCACCUCAGGAUGAUUAUCAAAGGCAACCCCAAUGACCAGGCGUCUGCGCUGAAAUUGGCAAAGAGACUCAUCGAAGCAUCUGACGUGCUGAUACCCAACAUCCCUGACCCGAGAGGCAGGACCAAGGCUCGCGAGCGGUACCUCAUGGAUGCCCACAAGAUCCUCAAGAAGUUGGUCGCCCAGCAGAACCAGGAUGCCAUGUUUGUCAUGGCGGAUGGCGGCGGCAGGGGCCUGUUCGGGCCCGACGUGGAUCCCAAAGAGGCGUUUUCGCUGUACCAGUCGGCUGCUAAGCUGGGCCAUGCUGCAGCUGCGUAUCGCACGGCUGUUUGCUGCGAGAUUGGCCACGAGGAGGGCGGCGGCACUCGCAAGGACCCCAUGAAAGCGAUUCAGUGGUACAAGCGCGCGGCGACUCUGGGCGAUCCGCCGGCCAUGUACAAGGUCGGCAUGAUUCUGCUCAAGGGGCUUCUGGGACAGCCCAAGAACCCGAGAGAGGCGGUCGGAUGGCUGAAGCGGGCGGCAGAGCGGGCAGAUUCCGAAAACCCGCACGCGCUUCACGAGCUUGGGCUCCUGUAUGAAUCCGCGCAGGGCAACGACGUUAUUAUCCGCGACGAGCAGUACGCCCUGACGCUGUUCCAGCAGGCGGCCGAGAUUGGCUACAAGUUCUCGCAGUUCCGGCUGGGCUGUGCCUACGAGUACGGACUGCUGGGAUGUCCGAUUGACCCGAGGCUGUCGAUUGUGUGGUACUCGAGGGCGGCUCAGCAGGAGGAGCAUCAGUCGGAGCUUGCACUUAGCGGGUGGUAUCUGACGGGCAGCGAAGGCGUGCUGGGCCAGAGCGACACAGAGGCGUAUCUGUGGGCGAGAAAGGCUGCCGUUGCUGGGCUGGCAAAGGCAGAGUAUGCUAUGGGAUACUUUACCGAGGUGGGCAUCGGCGUUCCGGCGAAUCUGGAGGAUGCCAAGCGGUGGUAUUGGCGAGCAGCUGCCCAGGAUUUCCCCAAGGCGCGAGAACGGCUCGAAGACCUGAAGCGGUCUGGAAAGGAAAGGGCACGGCCUAGAGAGCGCAUCUCGCGCAGCUCGAAGCAGCAAGAAGGAGACUGCGUGGUGAUGUAG